UUGUCAGGCCGCCUGUCUAUCAGGUUGGUCUCAGCAGGUUGGGUUGUGCUGGUCUCUUUGACUGAUAGGUUGGGGCUGAAAUUCUUUUAGAACUUUUCCUCUUUAGAACUUGUGUCGUCCCGUUUGCCGAGCAGUUGAUAAACUCAAGCUACGCUGAAUGGAUUGGUAUGGGGACAGGAAGCCGCUAUCCUUUGGCUAAAAGGCUGUGUUCAGUUGCUGUUACGAUGCUCGUUUUCUCUAUGUGUCUGAGUUCAGUGCAUUGUCAGCAGUGCAGGAUCCAGAGGUGUAACGCCGAGUUUGUAGCUGCGACUUCUCUCGGGACUGGAUUACAAGAGGAAGGCGAGGGAACUGGCGGAGGGAACGGCGGCGAUUUUUGCAUCGCUCUCCGAGCCUACUCGCAAUGUACCAGGAAGACGGCCAAGUACUGCCGGGGAAAUCUGGUCUACCACUCGGCCGUGCUAGGCAUCAGUGACCUGAUGUUACAGCACAACUGCUCCAAGACGGGACCGACGGCUCCGGUCAGGCCGGCGGCCACAGAGAGGAGCCUUGUCCCCGAGCUCUGCCGCUACCGGAGCAAAGGCAACUCGCUGAGAGACGGCGUUCCUCAGCCGCCCAGGUUCGCGCACUGCGGCUUGUUCGGGGACCCGCACCUCAGGACCUUUCGGAACGAGUUUCAGACCUGCAAAGUGGAAGGAGCUUGGCCCCUGAUCGACAACGUCUACCUUUCUGUGCAAGUCACCAAUGUCCCGGUGGUAGAGGGGUCCAGCGCCACGGCCACGAGCAAGAUUACAAUCAUAUUCAAGAGCUUCCAGGGCUGCACAGAGCAGAAGGUUUAUCAAGCAACCACGAAUGACCUUCCAUCAGCAUUUGUGGACGGCACAACAGGUGGCAGCGAGAAGGAAGGCGAGAACAGCCUGAGAAUACUUGGUAAAGCAGGCACUGCCCAGGUCGAAAUCCAAGCCCAUUACAUUGGCACCACCAUCAUUGUGCGCCAGGUGGGAGACUACCUGACCUUUGCCAUCAGGGUCCCCGAGGAGACUUUGAAUUAUGCGGACGAGAGCGUGUGCCUGCAGCUCUGCCUGCACGGCUGCCCCCGCAACGAGCUUAUCAAGGAGCACACACUAUCCAGGAGCCCGUCCAGUGCCAAGCUGCAGCACCCCCAGCAGGUGUACACAGUGGAAAGCGCCACGGCCAAGUGCCGGGAGAUCCUCCAGGUGGAGGACGUGUACUUCCAGUCCUGCGUCUUCGACCUCCUGACAACGGGGGAUCCGGCAUUCUCCAUGGCCGCCCACGGAGCCUUGGAGGACCUGAAAGCACUGCACCUCAAUGUUCUCAAAUUGCACAGCUCCCCCAGGACUGAGGAGGGCAGGAAUGGAGCUCCACCCUGUCACCAGACAGCCCUCAUUUACCUGGCAUGUCUCGUCUUAGCAACAACCCUCAUGUAGUGAAUGUGUAUACCCUCAGAUUGCAAAUUGUCUAUAUAAUAAUAUAUUGAAGUGUACAUAUGUGAAAAUGAUGAUGUGUAAAGUGCCUGUACAUAUAGUUGUAUUGUGUGAAUUGUAUGUUGAGAACCUUUGUUAGUAACUAGAGAUUUUUUUGCAUACUCAUGGUUUUAAAAAUCCUUUUUCUUCGGGAAUGAGAUCAGAUGGGCAUCUAAUCUUUGCCUAUUAAAAAAAAAAAAUUCUGUUAAAGACUUA